AAAUCAGUCGCAAAGAAGGAAAACAACAAAAAAUCUGUCUCGCGUUGAUGUUUUUUUCGACUUUGCCGCCUCGAUUUCGGUUCAUCAAAAUACGUCUCGCUUCCCGAACCGUGCCCGCUAACUGCCAUCAUCCUACUCCGUGACCGGAUCCGGUCAAUCUUCGGUUUUCUGCAGUGGCCCAUCCGCCGGGAAUAAAAACGUUCCGUUGCUCCAUGGGGACCGCCGCGGCCACCUCCGCUGCUGGUACCUACGGUAAUGCCGGCCAACGUAAAAAAACGGUACCUGGAAUGGACAUUCACAAGGAGUACAAAAAGCCUCCCUUUUCGGUUCAUUCUCCCGGCCAUCGAACCACUCAGGAAACUCCGAUCCGCCGAACCAAGCCGGCUACUCAACAUCACCCGGUUGUAUGACAACGACGAGCGAGAUAGCGAUAGCGAGAAGUCGGCCACAACGGGAAGAAUCCGCCGUUCACCUCCCGGAAGUAGACCAGGAGCUGUAAAAUCAGUGAGAAGAAAGUUGAGAGGAUCGCGUGGGCAAAUAACAACGGUUCCGAUCAUUUUUGGGAAAGCUGGCAGGACUGGCGGUCUACGCCUCACGAAGCGUGAAUGCUGCCAGCAAGUUGUCCAAAGCUGGGGCUCGGCUGACUGUCGCUCCGCUCAAGUCGCAAGCCCAAGCGCGCUGGAAUGGUCUCAGCAGCACCUCUAUCCGGGUGGCUCCGCUGCCGACGUCACCGAGUACGAGAAGGACCUGGGCAAGGCGGGGAAUCAUCCGUACAUCAACGAGUUCACGGCGGCCACGCUUCCGUCUCUUCCUACUGCCAGCAUCGGAACUCACGUCACGGGGAGCAACGUGCCAACGGCAACGAUGGCGCUCAGCAGAACCCAGCUGCACCACGGACAUCGAGGCCAUCAGACAAAUCGACUCAUUCGAAUCGUCACCUGGGCCACACCGACGACGUUGGCGAUAGUGGUGGAUCUGGGCCAGUAG